AGGUUCACAGAAAGCCACCCAGCCUUUGAGGGUCGUAAUUCGGGUAACAAACAAACUUUUAUCCGAAGCCAUAUCAAUACACUGGCAUGGUUUGCACCAGAAAUACACUCCAUGGAUGGAUGGCACACCUCGCAUCACCAAUUGCCCCAUUCAUCCACACCAGACCUUUACUUAUAGGUUUAAAGCGACACCUAGUGGAACACAUUGGUACCAUUCACAUAUGGAAGUCCAAAAAGCAGACGGACUUUUCGGGAUGCUUAUUGUCCAUAAGAAGGACGCCAAAGAUGUUGUAGAAAAGGAGGAUUCUGUGCCGUUGAUUGUUACUGAUUGGUUUCAUGUUAACGGUGCAACAAUAGAUGUAACGAAUGCAUACAGAACGGAUUAUCCACCUGGUACAGGCGAACUAAUGCUUCAUUUCAAAGAUCGUUGGUACUCUAAAGAUAGUAUUGAACUAUCGGGAAUGAAAUACGAAAGUGGUUUAAUUAACGGCAGAGGUCGGUUUAACAACAAGGCUCCUCUUUUUGAGACGACUAUUAAAGCAAAUAAUACAAAGAGAUUUAGAUCGGUAAACGCUGCGUCUGAAUACCCCUACCAGAUUUCCAUUGACGACCACGAGUUGAUAGUUUUGUCAUUGGACGGAAACGAAAUAGAGCCAUAUUCUGUACAUUCUGUUAUAAUAUAUCCCGGGGAGAGAGUUGACUUUAUGGUAAACGGAAAUCAACCCCCUUCACAAUAUUUUAUAAGAGCAAAAACAUUGGUUGAAGGAGCUGGACCCAAUGAUAACCAUGAAAUAAAUGCGAAAUUAAUGUAUGAAGGAAGCGAGCUGGCUGAUUCAGACCCUGCGUCUUCCCAAAGGAAAUGCACACAAUCCAACCCUUGUAAAAUUCUAAACUGUCCUUUUCCCAACUAUCCAAACUCCAGCAACAUUUGUAUUUCAAUCAGUGAUAUGAUGGACCUUAAGCGAUCCGUCUUCUUGGGUAAUGAAACGUAUGAAGAGGAAUUCCUCAACUUUGAAUUUGCCAUAGGAUCAUCGGUUAAUAACAUCAAAUUUGUUGCUCCUCGUGCCCCGUGGAAUGAACCAAACAAUUGGGAGGUCCCGUGUGCUGAUAACUGUCCAAAUGUCAGCUGUCACUGCACACAUGAACUUAGCUUCUCUUUAAACCAGGUCGUUAGAUUAACAUUAAUUAAUAUGAGGGAACCGUCUGCAUUUGCCCAUCAUCCAGUACAUCUUCACGGGUUUUCAUUUGAAGUGCUAAAAACUGGCUACCCUGAAAUAAAUGGAACUACGGGGGAAAUGACCAGUCACAACACAGACAUCGUAUGUGAUACCAAGCCUAUCUGUAGCAGGGUACAUUGGAGAGAGGGCCAUCCGAAAGAUUUAAACUUCGAUCAUCCUCCAAGAAAGGAUACGAUUCUCAUCCCAGCAGGAGGGUACGUGAUUGUUCAAUUCGUAGCUGAUAACCCGGGCUAUUGGUUCAUGCACUGUCACCCCUUGUUGCACGUUUUAGAGGGAAUGGCACUGGUGGUGAACGUUGCUAGAGACCAGCAGGGAAAGCCACCCAAGGGGUUUCCGACGUGUAAUACAUUUGAUUGGUCAUCUGAGGAGUAUAACAAGGUCAUGGCUACAGAGGGAACCCAAACAUCUCCACGGUGCCUUAAAGACGAUGAAACUUACGAUACAGGGGAGAGUAUUCCUUCUAAGGAUGGCUGCAAUACCUGCACGUGUGGUAGUGAUGAGCAAUGGAGAUGCACCGAAAUAGCAUGUGCUACUAAGCCUCCAUCUAUGGCAAAUGUUUACGAUGAACUAACAUUUUGGGUUGUUGUUGGUGUACUAGCCGGGAUCUGCUUCAUACUUCUACUGGCUGUGAUUUACUUACUAUGUACCAGAACAUCAACUCGCAAAGGAAGAGAUUCAACUUUAGAAAUCGACUCUAAAGAAAACAAGGGUUAUUAUCAGGAUAGAACUGAUAUGUGAUCAUCAUCGUUGAAUCCUGCUUGGCAUCCUAUCUCAGACUUGCUACCCUUUCUAAUUCUAGUUGAAUACCGAUGUCAACUUAGACAAUGUGACUUUAUGGGCGAACCCCUUUUAAUGGAUUGUAUUUUAUAAUUUGACAUGCCUCGUAUUGCUAUUGCAUAGAGUGACAUUUUUUAAAUCUUAAUUUUAGUUCAUCUUUGACUUCAAAGGUGUUAUAACCCAGUUGGAGCAACUGAAACAUUGUGAAUUUUAGUUAACAAAACUAACACAUUUAAUGUUUACAUAAAAUUGACAAAGAUAUUAAUGUAUAGAAUAAAACAUAGCGGAGACCACCAAUUUUUAAUAACAAAAUGUUUCAUUCGGAUAUUUAAUUAGAAGUAUUUUUUGACAUGUAAAUAUGGUAGAUUUUUGGAGAAGAAUGAAGGAUUACCCAUUAUCUGGUGUUGUGUUAUGAAUUUUGUAAAUGUCAUGCACGUGAAUUGUUUAGUUUAUAUCUUAAAUUGAACUACUCAGCCAUUCAUCAAUUAAAUGAAAGUUAAUCUCAGACUCGGUUGAAAGAUCAUCAAUUUAGGG